AUGAGUGCAUUAAAAGCACUUGGUGAAAUAAUUCAAGAAUUGAUGUCCAAAAAUGAUUAUGUUGUUGAUAAACAAUUGAAAGAUAUGUUAAUAAUGAGUUGUAUUAAACGUAUCAAUAUUAAUUUUAAAGAAAAAAACUAUCGCAAUGUCAUCACAGAUGUUAAUAUAUUGAAAUCGACAAAAUAUGAUAUUUAUACAGAUCAAAGUACUUUUUCAAUGUAUCUUGAAUCAAUAACUAGUCUAUGUCAAGAAAAACUAACCAUCGAAUUAGAAAAUUUUAAAAUAAAUUGUAAGUAUUAUUUCGAUAGUUAAACAACUAGAAAUAUUGGUUUUUUCCUUGAUUGUGACCAUCGUCAAAAGA